UUUAUUAUGUUGAGUUGUUCUUUAAUGUUUCAAUUCGUUUUCGACGCAGUCAUGAAAAGUUUCUGAAUAACUAACACAAUUCAAUGAUGGAAGUGGAAUCAAGGCGAAUUAGGAGGUUUGGAGUUCAAAGGCACACACACGACAACACUCUUCUUCCUCUUUAUGCGUCAUCUUCCUCCUCUGAUAAUGUUUCUAACACCAUUUCCUGUUGGUAUUGCGACUUCAAAAUCUUCUCAUUUAACAAACCCCUUUUCCAAUUUGGUCGCAGACAUGCAAGGUUUUUGAAAGUAUGGUUUUCAAUUGGGGUUGGUUUUGCCCUUUCUGCUUUGCUUGGAGUUACUUUUAUUCUUCUUUGGGAAUUAGCCAGAGCAUUGCAUCUCUGUGGUGACAGCAACAAGCUUGGAAACCUUGCAAGUGCCUUGCUAUUUGGGUUCCCCCCUUUGUUGUCUGGUUUAAGCUUAUCACUUGCUGAUGCUGGGUGUAUAUGUAUUUCUACAAUCGUAUCUGUUUUUGUGCAUGAAUUUGGUCAUGCAGUUGCGGCCACCAGUGAGGGAAUACAAGUAGAGUACAUUGCCAUCUUCAUUGCAGUUCUAUUUCCUGGUGCUCUGGUUGCCUUCAAUUAUGAAUUGCUGCAAGCUUUACCACAUUUGACUGCCCUCCGCGUGUAUUCUGCUGGCAUUUGGCACAAUGCAGUUUGUUGUGCAGCUUGUGGAUUGGCAUUAUUCCUUUUGCCCUUGCUCUUGUUUCCCUUUUACAGCAGUGGUCAUAAUCCCAUGGUUUUGGAUGUACCCCCAACCUCACCUUUGUCUAGUUAUUUAGCUCCUGGUGAUCUUAUUCUCUCAGUGGAUAAUGUACCCAUCAGAAAUGCACAAGAGUGGUUGAAGCUUAAUACAUUGACAUAUAACAUCAAGCUUAAUAGCGUAAAUAUUUCCCAGCACACUGCAGAUUUGGGGGUUGUGAAUAAAAUGAAGGGUUAUUGUGUCCCUAGUUUUAUGAUGGAAGAAAGCAAAGUUACUGAAUUGCUGGAAAAUCAACACGCUUGCCCCAGUGAACUUACUGCCUUUGUAAAAGUUAUAUGCUCUGCUAAUAUGACACUGGAUGAUGGUCAGAGCAAAACUGAUAUUUCAAACAAGGGAUGGAAUAUGUACUGCUUAAACGCUAAAGAUGUUGUCAAACUUAAGAAGUGUGGUGAUGACUGGGGGCUUGCUACAACAAAGGGAAGUGGCUGUGCGUGCUCUCAGGAUGAGUUUUGUUUGGCUCCAGUUCAGGAGCCUGGAUUGGUAUGGGUUGAGAUCACUUAUUCAAGUCCUCAUGAAUGUUCGUUUCAUGAACGAAACAGGUUUCCUGUUUCUGAAACUUCUGGCCUUAAGAAAACUAAUUGUGGUGGGACUUUUAUUUUUGUCGGUGAUCUCAUCUCCAUGGCACAUUCAAUUCAGCUAACAUCAUAUCAGCCUCGCUGGGGACUAAAAGUUGCUACAUAUUUUCCAAACUCACUGGAAAGGAUUUUAAUAUGGACAUUCCAUGUCUCUCUAGCUCUGGCUCUUCUCAAUAGUUUGCCGGUGCAUUUUCUGGAUGGUGAAUCCAUUUUAGAUGCAACUUUAUCCCACUUUACUUCGUUAAGCCCAAGGAAGAGGAAGAAGGUUCUUAGAUUAUGCCUCCUUGGUGGGUUACUUAUUACUAUUAUUGGCUUUAUCAAGGAACUCCUUUAAUUGUUUUUUGAUAUCAUCAUUUUCUUUUUAUUUUUUAUUUUUUUAAAUGAGUAUGGGAACAGCUCAACUCCUUGAACGAAAACUGAAUGUUCAAAAUUUUGGUUGUAAACUAGUAGGAAUUAACU